AUGGAAUAUUUACACCCAGCUUCAACUCCAGCGAGCAAAAGUGAAUUGAACUUAUUCACUAUUCCUCCUACACAAGUUGCGAUAGAAUCAACAUAUGAGACUGACUAUAGACCUUCUCAAAAUCUAGAUAAUGGAAAAACAUUCGAAAUAAACAUUCCUGCAUCUGAAGAUUUUACUGAUCUCAGUGCUACAAUGGUCCACAUGAAAGUGUACAUUACUAACAAAGAUGCGAUAUUGAAACCUACAGAGAAAAUUACACUUGUAGAAAAUUUUGCCAAUGCAAUUUUCGAGCAGAUUGACUUAUAUCUUGGUUCUACGAAUACUUCUCUUGCUAAUAACAUGUAUCAUUACCAAGCUUUCCUAGAAGAUUUAUUAUUCAGACAUCCUACAGAAGCUGAAGCAGGUUCGUCGAUUGAUCAGCAAAUUGUGCAGGGCCAUAAAGUUUUUGAGUUAUACUUCAAACUUCAUUUACCAAUGUGUUCACAAGAUAAAUUGCUUCUAAAUGGUAUUCCACUUUCAUUCCGUUUCACAAGAAGUUCAGGUUCUUUCCCAAUAAUCAAAGAGACACUUGUCGAAACUGAGGAAUAUUCGUUUAAAAUACAAAAGUUUUCGCUUCAUAUAAAAAGAAUGAAACUUUAUCCUGAUACACAAACAUCUAUUAUCAAAACUUUAGAACAAUAUCCUGCUAAAUAUUUCAUCACCAGAUCAGAUACAAGAAAUUUCUUUAUAGCAAAAGGGUUAUCUUCUAUCUCUGUUGAAAAUAUUUUUUCUGGAGCAUUACCCCGUAAAUGUAUAAUUGGUUUUGUUUAUGAAAGAGCAAUUAGUGGAUACAUCGAUUCGCAUCCUUUUAAAUUACAGCAUUUCAAUGUUGCUCAUAUAAGUUUGAACAUCGAUGGGGUUAUGUUCCCCAGUAUACCGUAUACACCUGAAUUCGCAAAUGGAAAUGCAAUGCGUGAAUUUGUAGAAUUGUACCGAACACUGGGACAGGACGAAGGAAUUGCUCAAUUAAAUUUACAGUAUGAAAAAUAUAAAGAUAACAAAGUCCUUUAUGCAUUUGAUAUCGGAGGAGAAUUGGGAGCUGAAAUAGGAGUUUUAUCUCUAGUUAAACGAGGAAAAGCGAGAUUAGAAGUUCGGUUCAGUCAAGCCUUAGCAUCCACAAUUAAAGCAAUUGUAUUUGCACAAUAUGAUAAUUUAAUCACAAUUGAUAAAGACCGACAAGUAACAAUUGAUUACUAA